AACAGCUGAGCUUCAGAUUGAACGAAUGUUGUUGUUUGUUUACGUUGUUGUUGAAUCAAAAAGUUUGUAUUUGAUUCAGAAUUCUUAUAAUAUAUUCGAUUUUCUUGGAGCUGUGUAAUAAAUUGCUUGCUGAUUUUUGUAAACAAUACCUAGUGAGUUGGCCGCGCAUUGAGAUAUGGAAGACCCGGAUUGCAUCAGCAGGUUCUUCAGUGAAGAGAAAAACACCUUGGCUAUAAGUCCUCCAAUACUCCAGCACUCGAUAUCACCAACAAAGUCAUUAGAUUCCUCACAAGAUCUAAGUCAGGCAUCCAUAGAGUCGGAUGAUCUUAGUCUAUCGCAGUUAACCAUAGACGAACAAGAACCUAUACAUAUACAACCUUUUUUUAACAUCACCCCGAGGAUAAUGCCAGUAUCACCUCAUUAUGUGGUAGAAGAAGAGUUCUCCUCUAACCCCUGGGCUAUGUUAAUAGCAACGAUCUUUCUAACGAAAACUUCAGGCAAAACUGCCAGGCCCUACAUGAAGACAUUUUUUGAAGAAUAUCCGACACCUUACCAUGUUUUAAACGACACUCCAGUAUCUUUAGAAAGAUUUUUUGAUAACUUGGGAUUAAGGAAAAGAGGCCACAUGAUAUGGAAGCUCAGUUAUCAGUUUAUAUCUUCAAAAUGGCGCAGGGCAAGUGACUUAUGCGGCAUAGGGAAAUACGGCGAAGACGCCUAUAGGAUAUUCUGCCUAGGACACACGGAUAUAGACCCUAAUGAUAGAUACUUAAAGUUGUAUUUAGACUGGUUAAGAGGCCACACUGAGUUUAUGGAAGAAAGUGGACAGGUGGACAGUGAAUGCGUGAUUGAAGACCCAAUUUUAAAGUAUUACAGAAUAACUUUGAGAGAUGUCAAUGCGAUUCUUCUAAAGUGACUUUAAACAAUUAAAUAAAUACUUACCUAUGUUAUAUAAGUUACAAGUGCCUAUAGUUGUUCAAUAAAUAUAUAGAAUUAUGUGUU